GUCCCUUCCCUAGGGUUCUCUUUUUUUUCCGCGCUUCCCCCAUGGACUAAUUUAUAUUUCCUCGGCUCUUCAUGCUCGUCUCUCCAUUCCUGUGAUCGAGUUCGGAUUAUUGACAAGCUUUGUUCCUGAAACCGCUAUGCCUCUCCCAUGGAAGAAUGCGAGGGUGGGGCGAAUUUCGCGGUUUGUGGCGGAUCUCCAGUCACCCAAGCGCGGUGGGUCGCUGGUCGUGGAGACCGGCUUCCCCACCUCGCUCAUCGAUCUCUUUGUCAAGAAUCGGGAUCGCCUCAAGAAACCCAGAAAAAGGCGUUCUCGUGUCUCCGAUCCAGUCCCACAGCAGCCUGUGGAGCCUCAACGGCGUCCCGAGUCUGUGCAGACUGUGCAGGCUCCGGCGUCUUCGGAUUCUUUUUCGGAGAUCAGGAGCGUUGAAUGUGAAGAAGAGGAGAUUGGUGGAAUUGAUGGGGGCAGUCUGGUAGAUGGUGGUGGUGAGGUUGAAGAGAGCGUCCGAAGGCCGAGUGGGAGGGGAGUGACUGUGGCGGUUUUGAAGAUGUCGGUGGUUGUAAUUCUAGCUUUGGGGACGAAGAAGCUCGCGGUUGGUAUCACAAUGUCUGCUUUUUUGCUUCUCUUCCUUGAAUAUGCGGCCAAGUGGGUUUUUGGUUUAUUGACACCGUGUUCCGAUGCCCAAAUCGCCAUCAAGUCCCUGAUCCCAAAGGUCUUUCCCUUUCUUUUGACCAAACAGACAGCAUUGAAUCCACCAGAGGCUCCCACUCCCAUAACUCUGAGCAAUGCUUCCGUUGAAGAAAUUCAGAUUGCUGAAUCUCAGUUUGAUUUCCCUGCACCCGUGGAAGAAACUCGAGAAAUUGAAGAAAUUCAAAUGGGAAGGCCCAAGAUUGAUUUUCCUGCCGGGGAGAGAAGAUGGGGAUAUAUGGAAGUGAAGGAAAGGGAGGGUGAUAAGGAGAAGGAAGAGGAAAUAUUUGAAGCUUUGGAACCCAAACAUGGACACAGCCGGAGUGCCAGGCUGAAAGCUAAGAUCAAGAAAUAUAUUCCAAAAAAAAUUCGUCGUAGGAAAUGGGGAAGUGGUAAGGAGAAAGGGAGAGGGCCAGACUCGAGCAGUGAAGUGUCUAGUUGUAUGGGAGGUGAUAAACCAGGUAGCUUUGAAGAAGAAGAAGAAGAAGAAGAAGUAGAGGAACAAGAUGAUGAGGAUAAAUCAUUUCAAUCACCACCCCUAGAAGAGCAGGAAAAAUUGCGUGAGGAACCAGAUAUGAAUGGUGCCAGUUGUAGUUCUGACAUACAAUCACAAAAUGAUGUGGAAGCAGCUGUAGUCAGAGAGAACCCAGAGAAGGAAAUAGGGAGGAAUUCAGGGUAUCUAGUUCUCUUUCUGAUUGCUCUUGCUGGACUUCUGGGUGGUCGUGUUCUUGCCCUUUUACUCACAACAGCCUGUUGUCUAAUGUUGAAAUUAUUCAAAAAGCCAAUAACACUCUAGACUUAAAAUUUUCCCUUUCUUUUUAUUUUUGGUACAUUUUGUUUCUCUGGCUUUCUUGGAGCAUCAAAUUGUAUUCCUGAAAAUCAUGUGAUGGAAGGUUCAACCUUUUUUGUUGGCUGUCCAACUUUCAGGUAGUGUAUUCUUAACUGUAAAUUUACAGAUACAAAUUACAAUCCAUUACACCUUUUUUUCUGUAAA